AUGAAUUUUAUAUUGUUUAUUGUUUUAUAUGGGGUGUUUUCCCCAGAGAUUAGUGGUAUGGAUCCCACUUAUGAAGGGCCUUAUAUAACACCUGUAGAUGAACAGCCAAAGACUGAACAACCACAUACAAAGGAAGAAGAAAUUAAGGAGAAUAUCCCUGCUAAUGACAAAACUGACGAUUAUUAUAAAAAUACAAAACAAUAUGUGUUCACAACACAAAAUCCAAAUGGCACUCAGUCUGAAAUAACUGUGAGAGCAACAACUGACCUGAAUUUUUCUCUGAGAAACUAAACAACCCAGGGUCCAAAUGAGCCUGCAUUUUGGACAAUGUUAGCUAAAGCUAUAAAUGCAACCACUGAGGACAACCAACGAGAUCAAUUUUUUCACCCAAUUCCAAGUUCUGAUUUAAACCCUGCAAAUGAAGACAACCUGGCAAAACUACGGGAAGCCAAAUUAAAAUUAAUGCUGGGCAUCUCGUUGAUGACCCUAUUUCUUUUUGUCAUCAUUUUGGCAGUCUCUAGUGCCAUGCUGUACAAAAUGAAGACAAUGAAAUAUGAAAAAUCAUGUGAGAGUGGUGAAUACUCUGUCAACCCAGAGCUGGCAACUCUGUCUUACUUUCAUCCAUCAGAAGGUGUAUCAGACACAUCUUUUUCUAAGAGUGCUGAAAGCAGCACAUUUUGGGGCACCACUUCUUCAGAAUUAAAGAACUCAGACACUAAGUCAAAGUCUAGGACAACAGAUGUGAUUUCCACAGUCUCAGAUGAGACAGGCAUGAAUGAAGACUUCAGCCUCCCUAUUGGCUGGGAAAGCUACGAAGCUCCACCUUCCAGUAGCAAGGACUAUAUAAGGCGUUACCCUGCCGGGGAAAGUGGUAGCAGGGCUACUGUUUAUAUCUGCCUGGUGUUGUCAGUAGUACCCGCAGUUUUGGAGCCAGAGGAGGUGGUCUUGAGCAGUUAG